ACAAAGUGCCAGGCGAUUUUCCCCGGCGAUAAAGCGACUGUUAUUGCGCCAUUUCCACCUCCUCUUUUGACCCGGGCCGGUGUGCGACGUUUCGCGUCUACGAUUUCCCAUUAUCUCCAGCGUUAAAGCCUGAUUAUCGGGUGUGCGAAGAGGUCAAUUACCCAUCCCAAGCCGAAACAAAUUAACUAAAUCCCUUUUAUCGCACAAACCAAGAACCGCCCACCAUGACGAUCCCCGUCCAGACCAUCUCCUCUCUCCGAGCCACCUUCAACCCAUUCGCCCGCUCCUCGCGUCCCUGCAGGCUUUUACUCACCCUGCUGCGCAACCCGUCCACGACCCCGGCGUCUAGCCCCACGCAUGUCGAUAUCAAGGUCAAGCAGCUGCCGCGUCUAUCGACCCAGGAGCCCGAGAUCCUGAUCGGGUUCAAGGGCGGCAAGGAAGUCAAGCUUGAGGUUGGGAAGCGCAACAUGAAGAUUGGCGACGUGGUGGAGGAGAUUGCGCGAGUGGGACGAGCCAUUGAGAGAGAGGAGAGCUUGAAGGGUUAAACGGACGAUGUUUUUUUUCGAGUUGGAUUUACCUUGGUUUGAAUGAGUGCUCGUGCGUCGAUUCCGGGCCUAAUGGUUCGAGAUGGGAUCGUUAUCUCUACCCUCACGGUUGGGUCCUGUUUCAGUGCUGGGAGUGAUGAAUCUUGGAGAUAUUGAGAUUGACGGAGGAGACUAUUUACCAUCUGUAGCAUUACGAUACCUUCAUGUGUAUAUACUACCAUAGCUGUUGAAAGAUAC